GUGUGUUGUGGCGCGUGUGGCGCAUGUGGCGUGUGUGGGGCCAAAGCCAAUGCUGACCGCCGGAGCUUCAAACUGGCUAAAAUGCUGAACUGCAACGGACGUUCCCAGUUGUCGUCGUCGUCGCCGUCGUUCUUGAUUUCGGUUUCCGUUUCGUUUUCGGUUUCGCCUUCGGUUUCAUUUUUGUUAUUGUUUUUUUUGGUGACUUCGGAGUUAUCGUUGGACUCAGAGUUGCAGUCGAUGGUGCCAUGAGCCACCAACAGUUCCAUCACUAUCAUCAUCAGCACCAGCGCCAGCAUCUGCAACUGCAGCAAGUGCAAUCGGAAUCGCAGCUGGAAAGGAGCUUGGAGUCCGAACGGAAUCAGCAAAAUCAACGCAGCGCCAACUCGAACACGGAACGCGUCAGCGGACUUGGCUCCAUGGACUUUCGUAAUCUUUGCCAGCGUCUCGACGUGAAUGGUCUGAGAGCCAAGCUGCCAUCGUUGCCAUCGCUGCCGCCCCUGAAGCUGCCGAAAUCGCUGCCCAAGCUGCGGGGACGCAAGAUAUUCCGCAGUUCCAGGCGAAACAACAACAGCAAGGAUGCGGCAGGGGCAGCAGCCACAGCCAAGGGAGACGACGUAGGCGGUAGAUGCUCGCUGACAUUGCCACAACAGUCGCAGCAGUUCAUCAAUCGCACGCCCCAGCGGAUCUCCACCAUCAGUUCGUUGAUGUACGAGGAGGAGCAGGAGAUGGGCACGGGCACGGGCAUGGGCAUGGGCAUGGCCAGGGGACAGCCGAGCACGUACCGAAGUGCAGGCAGUCUGGACGAUGACUACUAUGCGCCGGAGAGCGGCCAUGGGGAGCGGCACUCGCGACCCAUUAGUCCCGUUAAGAUUCCCUCACCCCCAGCACCAGCCGCAGCCCCAGCAGCGGGAGGGCCGACGCUGACACAGCGCCUGCAGCGGGGCUACAAGAGCCUCAGCGAGCUGCGGCUGAAGCAUCUGUUUGCCAAGCAGACGACCCUGCGGCGGGACAACAUCGAGGUGGAUCGCUACGUGGAGCAGUACGAGGCGGAGCUGCGCUCGGAGCAGCGGGCACAGGCGCGCAGGGAUCGGGAGAUAGCCGACAACUACGAUAUUCGAUUCAAGACGCUCGCCAGAUCCCGACAGAACACGCCCGACAGCGACAAGCAGCCCCCGAAGCCACGCAGCGUCGCCGAACAGAGCGGGGACGAGAGCGGCAUGGAGGAGACGCCGCCGCCGCUGCCCACGAGGAGCAGGAAGAAGCCGGGCAUUGCGGCCACGCGCUUUGCCAAGGUGCGACAGCCGCCGCUGCAAAUGGACGAGGAGGAGGAGGAGACGGAGGCGGAGAGGCAGAAGCGUGUGGAGGAGAAGGAGGCACCGCCGCGCCGCAGCAGCUGCAAACAGCUGCUCCAGAAGCUGCCCAGCUUCCCCAACAGCCUGCCCAGUCUCCAGCGGCGCAGCAGGGGCAACGAGGAGAGGGCACAGAGGGGCGAGGAGACGCCCACACAGAAGUCAGCUAUCCGACAAAAUAUCAAGAGGCUGCGCAAGUCCAUCAAGCGGCCAGCGAAGCUCAAGCAGAAGCAGCCACAAAAGCCAGCCGACGAUUCGGAUGAAGAUCAGGGGCAGGGGCAGGGGCAGCUGCAGGAGCAGCAGCAGGAAGAGAAGAAGGAGCCACCAGUGGCCAAAUCCACUGGCAAUCUGAGAGCGCGUCUCAGUCGCUUUGCCUCCACGGAACAGCUGCAGGAGCGCUGGCGGAAGAGCUUCAAGACGGCAGCACAGGACUCGCAGGAGAGCCCCAAGCAGGCAGGGGCAGGGGCAGGGGCAGGAGCAGCUGCUGGUGCGGCGACCGGCAUGGCCAUUGGUGUCCAUCUGGAGCGAACCCUCACGAAGCUUAACGAGAAGAUGCAUCAGCUGAAGUUUUUUCAGCGCCAGGGCGCCGCUGCCUCCACCUCCACCUCCUCCUGCUCCGCGGAGGCACAGCCCAAGCCUAAUACUGUCGGCCAUGAGCCCGUCUAUAUUGACGAUGAUGAGGAGCUGGCCGCCACCUAUCAUCACAGCGAUAGCGACGAGGAUGAGGACGACGACGAGGAGGAGCGUGGCAGCCAGGACAGCGGACAGGAUGUCCGCGCUGAGGAGGCAUUUGGGCAGCAGGAGGAGGAGGAUGAUGCGGAGGAGGAGGAGGAGACGCAGAUGGAGCAUCCCCUAUCAGGAGCUUCGUCCGCCCACGCUGCUCGACAAAUGGCGACGCUGGCUGAGCUACAGGCGGCGACGGCGUCGGCAGCAUUGGCCGAGGAAUCCUGCCCACGGGGCGGACGCUCCUUCACGGCCUGGAGCAGCGAGUCGCUGGAGGAGAUCCCCGACGAGGACUAUCCCCGCGUGCUCAUCCACCAGCAGCACACGGACGACUCCUGCGAAUCCACGCUGAUCAUUGCCGUCUCCACGAAGCCAUCAUCGCCGGCACCGCCCACCCCUGGCCAGUGGCUGCCCAACGCCGAGAUUAUCUCCAGCUUCAAGGAGCAGCAGCAGCAGCAGCAGCAGCAGCCGAAAGAGGCGGAAUCGUGGCCAGGUCCCCGCUCGCUUUACAAGCCAAAGAGCAUCGACAUCUUCGAGGGUGCCUCGGGCGCUGCCUUUGCCGACUUUGAUGAGGCGCUGCGCAAUGCCCCCAUCCUGAGGAUCAGUGCCGGGAGCAGCUGCGACACGAGCGGCGAUGAGGAGGCGGACGACAGCAGCUCCAGGGUGACCAGGAUACGAAUGCAAACGGAUCCGCCGCCACAGAUUGGCAACAGCAGAGAGAGCCUGAUGGCACAGGAGCUAGAGGAGGAGGAGGAGGAGGAGGAGGAUGAGGAGGAGGAAGACUCUGCCAAGGAGGAUUCGGAUGAGUGCGCUUUGGAGCGACCGCCUUCAGCCUCGCCACCGCCUCCGCCGCUGCCACAGCGACAUCCGCUGCAGCGAAAGACUUCGCCACCAACGCAGGCGGCGCCCAUCUACGAUGCAGUGCCUCCGCCGCUGCCCACCAGCAAGCCCCCACCCCUGAGCAUGACUCCUGCUGCGGCUGCGGCUGCUGCCACUCCCCCACCAGCGGCUGCUGUGCUGCCGCAGAGAAGCAGCGCCUCCAUGUCGCGACCAGCCAAGCCGCUGGUCAAGACCAGCUCCCUGCGGCUCACCUACAACGAGCAGGUGCACCCCGGCGACAUUGGCAAGGUGAACAAGCUGAUCUCUCGCUUCGAGGGCGGCCGACGGCCACGCCUCUGUCCGCGGCGUCUGCACAGCGAGGAGUACGAGCUGCAUGCCACAUCGUCCAGCUUCAGCGGCGAGGAGGAGGAGCAGGAGGAGGAGGAGGAGGAGCAGGAUGAUGAUGAUGCCGAGGAGGACGAGGCAGCAUCUCCCAUUACUCCCACCAAUCGACCAGUUGUCGUCAUACCAGAGAUCGUUACCACACAGCCCAGCAUAAACAACAACAACAACAGCAACAAUGGGAGGAGGAAGGCAGAGUCCUUGUCCCUGUCGCUGGACCAAUCGCUCGAUCGUCAGAACUCCAACUGCAGCCGUUCCGAAUACGGAUCGCCACUGUCGUAUCCGUAUGCCAGCCAGCGGCGCAGCUCGACGCCCACUGGUGCACCGCUUGCUCCACCCUCCUCCAGCCAGCUGUCGACGCCGCAUCAACAGAUGCUGCAACAGCAGCAGCAGCAGCGCCAACAGGCACGACGCAGCCGACGAUCCAUGACCCGCGACGACGAGAACUUCUACAGCUUCGACAGCGACGAAGAGAACAGCUACUACUCCAUCAGCCCAUCGGGCAGCAGUCGCUACGUGGUGGAGAUAUGAGCAGCAAAGCUGAGCGUAAAUAUAAUAUUUGCAGAGGGAAAUCACUUCUGAGGAUCUCUUUCCGUCGAAAGCAACCUGCAGGAGCGUGCAACUAAUGGAACUGCAAUCCCAAGGCCCCAACGCAUGGUAUUACGAUUAUGUUUGCAUAGAAACCAACUUCAACUUCAACCAAUC